AUGGCACUAAUUUAUAUAGAUGACAGUGAUCCUUGGUUUAUGCAAUAUGAUUCCUGUAAAAGACUUUCUACAGAAAUUAUGGAAAAAUUAACUACUUAUAAACGUCCAGAAACAUUGCAAGAAUACACAAGAAUAUUUUCAGAUAUACGUACUUGUUUAAAAACAUAUAAUAGUAACAUUCAACAACUUAAGAAUAAUGUAGAUGAUACGUUAAAAUUUAAAGCUAUAACUGCUGAAGAAGCAGAACGAAGACGGCGUGAAAUAGAAAAAUUGGAGAGUACGAAUGUACGGCUACAACAAUUAUACGACGCACGAAUAAAUAAAAUAACAUUUUCUCGUGCAAAUUUGCUUACAUCAGGACCAGCUUUUGCAGAUGGAGGUACAACUUCUUGGGCAGCUGAUGAUGAUGAUGAUGAUGAUGAUGAUGAUGAUAAACCUAUUGAUGUACAAAUGUCUGUUGCUGAUCUUAUGACUCAGCAAAAUAUAAUUGUACAAGAGCAAAAUAAAAACUUAGAAGAAUUAUGUAAAGUUAUUGCAAGGCAAAAAGAAAUUGGUCAGACUAUUUACAAUGAAGUUGAUCAUCAAAAUGAAAUAAUUGAUAAUCUAAGUAAUCAUAUGGAUAGGACUGAUGAAUCAUUAAUUAACAAGACACGUCAAAUACAAACGAUUAGUUUCAAAAGUCCUGUAUGUGGCUAUUGGAUAGUAAUAAUUCUACUUUUUAUUUGUAUCAUUACAGUUGUUUUUCUUCCAUAA